UGUGUGGCAGUGCCAGCGUCGCUGACCCUUGACCCGGACACGGCCAGCCCCUGGUUGGUGCUGCUGGAGGACCUGACUGGAGCUGCACUGGGUGGCACUCAGAGGCCGGUGGAAGAUGGCCCGCUCCGGUUCGACCACUCGCCCUGCGUGCUGGCCUCCCAGGGCUUUGCCAGCGGCCGGCACUACUGGGAGGUGGCGGUGCGGCGCCAGGCCGAGUGGGCCGUCGGUCUGACCCGGGAGACGGCCAGGCGCAAGGGCGCCAUCACCCUGUCGCCGCAGGACGGCUACUGGGCCGUGUGGAGGAAGAAGGGUGACAAUUACCGGGCGCUGACCUCGCCCCCGACCCGGCUGAGCCUGGCCGCCCAGCCCAGCAGGCUGGGCAUUUACCUGGACUACGAGGGCGGUCAGGUCUCCUUCUACGAUGCGGAGCAGAUGGCCCACCUGUACACCUUCACCGGCACCUUCACCGAGCGCCUCUACCCCUUCUUCAGCCCUGGCCCCGGUGAUGGGCACCGCGGCGCCGCCCUGGUGACCGUCUGCCACCUCAGCCUCUGACCGGGAGGCCUUGCACCCAGACAGGCCUCCAGCUCUCACCAGGCCUCAGGAUGCAGCAAGUGGGGGUGGGCAGGGAGGUGGUGAUACCAUCACCGCUCUGUUGAUCUGGAGGAGCCAGGUUCGAAUCCCCGACGUGUUUGUGUUUUUUUUUAAGUCUGGAAUUUAACAGUGACCCCGUUGCCAGGAAAGCCUGCCUGAUCUGCUCUGAAGGGGGGAAAUCUGCCGCCCUCAACCAGGUCUGGCCUACGCAUGACUCCAAACCCACAGCAAAGCAAAGUCUCCCAUCUGGGCAAUUAGGGACGGGCAAUAAAUACUGGCCUGGCCCACUUCCCAUCAACAAAUUUUAAAGAAGUGUUCUUCACUGCCUAAGGCCUACACUUUUCUUGGUGGUGGGGUGGGGCUGCCAAGGUGGGCACAGCAGGAUCCCACCUCUUGCUUUCGAAGGUGAAGCCAGUUGAAGGGUCGCGUAGGUCCUGGGGGCCCCAUUUCUGGAAAGUUCCAGAGUGCCCAGCACUUCUCUGCGGCGUGGUGGUGAACGUGGGUCUUGGGUUUGAGCACGCAAGCUCCCACGGGCAGGGUGGGGGAGAGGGGGAAGCUACUGAGUGGAUGGUCCCCUGCUUUCUCCUCUUCAUCACGGCCAGCACUCGGAGUAAAAGCCCUGCCCCCCGCUGAGGUAACUAGUGAUCAUCUCCACGUAGACAGCGGAGAUCGUGUUUAAUAUCUCCACCCAACGUUUCCCAGCACCCCCCCACUUCCCAGAAGGGGAAGGUCAGAUGACCAGGCAGUUCUUCCCUUGGCACCGCUGCAGGAACAUAGCCCAUUGAUGUUCAGACUCUCACUCCUGGUGCGGGCGUCGAACCCGUGACCCUCUGGGUUCGGAGGCAGACUUGCGAGCCAUUGAGCCACAUUCGACAUGCCACACAGGAGCCAUGCCAAACGGUUAAAGAAGUGUAUUCUCUCUUGUCCCCGAUCCAAAGGCAGAGGCUCGGUCUGGGCCUAAGGAGGGCCAGGCAGGUUCAAAAGGGGAGACGUGCAGGACUAAUUGGUCCACCUCAGGUAGGCUAUUCCUCCCAGCAACUGGACCCUCAGGCAAAAAACACCUCCCAACCCACAGGCCUUCAGACAG